AUGAAUAUUGUUUUUGCUCUUGUUACCGUAAUAGUUAUUUUGAUAAAAAUCUUUGGAAACGAUCAAGUGAUCAAAGGAACAAUAAAAAUCAAUGAUGAAUGCUCAGAAAGUGUGAAUGACAUUUUUCUUGAUCUUGAAAAGCUUGAGGAAAAUUAUCCAGAUCUUCAAGGAAUCAGAAGAAAAGACAUUGUCACCAAUAAAUGCUUCUAUCCAGGCUAUUCAAGCGUAAAUUCAAUCAUAAGAUUCAAUCGUCAUUUCAACCCAAAGAUCCUCGCAAAGCCUGAAAGCUGUCAUUUUGCUGAUUCAACCAGGACUUCAAUCAUUUUUGGAAUCAAGACAAUGCCUCAAUCAACUGUUGCCAGAGAAAUAAUACGACAAACCUGGCUCAGAGAAGAUAUCUGGGAAUGGUUAGGAGUCCAGAUAAAAGUUGUGUUCCUCGUCGGCAGCUGGGGUCGGCAACUAGCCAGUAGCUUGUGA